AUGCAACCCAGUGGUCUCCCAUUGGACAGUCCACUUUUGCCAGAGAAACUCAAAGAAAGUGGAUACUCAACACACCUAGUUGGAAAAUGGCACUUGGGACAUUACCAGGAAAAAUACCUACCAACCAAUAGAGGUUUUGAUUCCUUUUAUGGUUUUCUGACGGGAUCAAGCAACCAUUACACACAUCGUCGAUGCUUUGAAGGAUUUUGUGGACUCGACCUCUGGAAUAACACAGAACCGGACUUGCAAUACAAGGGAAAAAAGAGCUAUUCCACUUACCUAUUUGCAAAAAAGUCAGCAAAGAUUGUUAAGAAUCACAACCCAAAAAAGCCUUUGUUUCUAAUGUUGUCUCUGCAGGCAGUUCAUGAACCUUUGAAGGUACCAUUAAAAUACAAAGAAAAAUACAAAGACUCAAGAAUUCCACCAGGAAAAAGGCGAAGACUUGCAGCCAUGGUCACCUGUGUAGAUGAAUCCAUUGGAUAUUUGAUUACAAUAUUAAAAAGACGGGGAAUGUGGAAGAACACUGUAUUUGUCUUUUCUACUGACAAUGGAGGUAGUAUUUCUGAAGGAUCUUCAAAUUGGCCAUUGCGAGGAGAGAAAGGUCGGUACUGGGAAGGUGGAGUGAGAGGUGUUGGCUUUGUGUACAGCAAACUUCUGCGACGGAGGGGACGGAAACUCCGGGAACUUAUGCAUAUCACAGACUGGUACCCAACAUUUGUAGGGUUGGCUGGAGGAUCUCUGAAAGGGACCAAAAAUAUAACAGGUUUUAACCAAUGGAAUACUAUUUGUUUUGGAAUGCAUACGAAGCGUAAGGAGAUUCUUUUCAACAUUGACCCUUGCUCUGAUUUACAUGGUGAACGGUUGCCUGGGACAGAUUUUGAUACAAGAGUCAAGUCUUCCAUCCGUUUAGGAGUGUGGAAAGUUUUGACUGGAAGACAGGGACGUGGCCACUGGUUUGCUCCUCCUUAUGAAAAGCACUUGACAAUGAAAGACACUCAGCCCCAGGAGAAUAACGUUUGGAUGUUUAACAUUGCCAAGGAUCCAUUGGAACAAAAGGAUCUCUCCAAAGUCUACCCACGAAGACUGAGGUUGAUUCUUGACAGAUUGGCCUACCAUAACAGAACAGCUGUGGAUUGUACCCAACCACGCAAUGAUAUUCUGUCAAUUCCUUAUCUCAAUGAUGGGAUGUGGGGUCCCUGGCUUUAA